CAGAACUCCGGUUACAGUAGUCGUUAUUGAGAGCUGGGACCCGGUGAUCGCGGCUGCUCUGCUCGUGGACAGGAAAGUAUAGGCUGUAAACAUAACCACUCUGGAAUCCACGUGGAAACUAGGCAAGAUGCCCCUCUUUGGGAACACCUUCAGCCCCAAGAAAACGCCGCCCAGAAAAUCUGCAUCACUUUCUAACUUGCAUGCGCUGGACCGGACAACAAAAGAGGUAGAGCUGGGUUUGGAAUAUGGUGCCCCUAGUAUCAGUAUUGCAGGACAAAGUCUUAAGUUUGAAAAUGGCCAGUGGAUAGCAGAAUCGGGUGGCACUGGAUCACAGAAGGAUCUCCAACGUCUUCGAAAGAGAAAUCAGCAGUUGGAGGAGGAGAAUAACUUGCUUCGUCUGAAAGUAGAAAUCCUGCUGGACAUGCUCUCUGAAGCAACAGCAGAAUCCCACCUAAAGGAUAAAGAGCUUGAGGAAAUGAAGAGCUUGAGUGGGCGAAGAAAAUGAAUGAAAUCUAUAAAAAGGAAACCCGGAUGAGCCAGGAACAGCUCAUGAAUUAAUACCGGCGUCAUACAGAAGACUGAUAAUGCUCCUCUCCUAAUCAAAGCUCAUUGAGGCUUUUAUCUUCUUAUGAACAUUUUUUCCCAAUUCACUUCAGCAGUGACAGGCAGCAGGGGUGUAGUAGCCGCCCCCGCAUCAUUCCAUAGCAGACUAGUUCAGUUAUUUAUUUGUUACACUUGUAAGACUCACGUUUCAUAAGGAGCCUUUUAUCAGAUAUAUGUUGGAGGACUUGCAAUAUACACCUUCAGUGGAAGGGCUACAACACAUUCUGCUGUAUAGCCGUGCAGUGGGAUAUAUCGCCCAUGUACAGUCCUCCGACAGCUCUCUGAAUUCCGAUGCUCUGACCAUAGACUUGGAGGGAGAUAGGGAAGCUGGC